AUGGAUGAAGUUUAUCAAGAAAACACUGAAGUGGAACUUAUUAAAAGUGAAAUUCCUAAAGAACUCAUUAGGAAAAGAAAAAUGCAAAACGAGUAUAUUCAAAAACUUGGAAUUACUUCAUCAGCUUUAUCCAAAC